UAUAAUGCCAAAACUGCUCAGCAGUGUUGUCUUUUUAUGUCUACUUAUUACAGGGAACUGUCUGGAUCGUGAAUACGACAAUGAAUACGGAAACAGUAUUGAUGGAAACCUAUAUCCUGAACAGGAAUUCAAGCAAGCUGGAUCAGUUGCGAUUGAGGAAGCCGAGGCUGCAGUCGAAGAUAUUCCCAAUGAUAUAUUUGAUCCUCUAACAACAGAGAUCACUGUAGCCGGAAUCACUAUUACUCCUGCUCUGGUAUAUAUUGGUACACUGCUACCUGAGAAUAUAUUGAUUCAUAUUGCACAGAACGCCGUUAAUUUCUUCUGCUCAACUUUAUUCUGGUUCUUUCUCAUGUCCGUAACACAGGGAACAACUGGUAAAAGGAAACGUAGAUCUACCGAUGAAAUAGUGGAAGAAUAUUUCGAGGACGGGCUUAACACUGUAUUGGGUACAGUCCAAGUAGAUGGAGAUACAGUGGCCUGGGUUUUCAGGCAGUUUGCUAACACUGCAGAACAGUACAAGAGAUUGAAGGAUGAACUCUGAUCUGCUGUGUUUAAACCUCUACCUCUGUCCAAAAUAAUCUCAAUGUAUUUUGUCAGAACUCUGUAUGAUUUUACUUCUUUCUAUAAAUUGAAUAUUUAUUAUUUUUA